UCUGUGCCACAAAGAUGUCAUCGUUUCAAAUUUUUUUCGUUUUUGGAAUACUGCUCGUUUCGGGAGCACAGAGACUGAAGUUCGUCGAAGAAUUUGACGUGAUGCCCAAAAUUCUAAGACCAGAACUGGCACCUGGUUUGGAUACCAGUGCGAUGAUCAACGUGAUAGAUGAAAUCAAAAACGUUCUGGAAAGAUAUUGGUUUCGUUCCGUUGUUAUUUUGAUCGAGGAUAAUCUGGCAGUUCUAAAACAGGCGGAAACUUAUUUGCGGAAGAUUAUCGCUUCGUCAAACUCGCUCCCAGUGUUAUCAUUAAUGAAAUUCAAUAGUUCAGGCAUAUCUACUAUUUUGGCGAACGUUUCCAGCUCACACGAUGUUUUUAAUCGCUUUCAAACCAAUACAAAUCUAUAUCCCGUACAAGUGUUAGAACCGGAAGGACGAAAUGCAUUGUUCUACUCCAUUUUAAAGGUUGUAAGGUUAUUUUCGGGAAGUAGUGCCGUUUUAGUGUUCACCAGUCGCGGAACGCAAGAUGAGGAUUUGGCGCAAUUAACCUGGAAAGAAUUAUUGGAGAAUCAAAUUAAGGUAAUUCUUUGGUUGCUAUAGUUGUUUUACGUUCAGUCAGCCAGUCAGCUACAAUUCAAUCCCCCGUCAUUUAAAAGUAUAGCACAAAUACCACCAGCCCACCUGCGCAUAUGUGAUUCUGCCCAAAAUAUAUGCAGCAAAUUUGAUCCAAUCGGUUCGGCUGUUUAGCGGAAAUGAGAGUAGGUACAGAUUUUGUUUGAUUCCGAUUCCUGGAGCUCUAAAAUGUGUAUUGCUCUAAAAAAAAAGUGGGGGGUCAUUUUUACCCCAAUGCAAUACCUCCCGUACCAAUGUGCGUUCCUAAUAAAGUUAAGCGUUUUUUUACAAAAUAUCGCAUUUAAUCAUUCAAAUCACAUGAAACAAUAAUAUAACAAACACGUAGUCCUACUUCGAAUCUUUUUCAUUUUUUGCAUAUUGUGUAGCAUACCCAAAAAUGUAUUGAUUCGUUAAUCCUUCUGUAUUACUUGCUGGGAAAAGAACAAAGAAAUACGACGUUUUGGAACUAGCCUCAAAAUGAGUUAUUUUGGAUUUAUUUGCCAUUUAUUUUUUUUGCCAUUUAAUCUAAUCUUAAUUUUUUAUUCAAUGUCUAAUCUCAAUCUUCAUUAAUAACAAUUACCCAUGCAAUUCCACUGGAUCUGUGACAUCGUAGACACUAAAUUCACACACAUCAACCCUUAAAUAGCGCCAAUAAAGUUUAAACACAUAGACGCUUCAGUUGAUGAAUAAAGGUUUGCCGUUACUUAAGCGUGGACUUAAUAUCAAUCAAAUAUUUGAUAUAAUUAAUGUCCAAACGCCCCUAAAUAAUUUUUGUCUUCGUGCAGUGCCAACCACGAACAGAUAUUUUUAAUUUUCCAGUCAUUUUAAGUAUAUAACAUUUCUCCCAAAUAAGCAAACGGUCCGAAAUGAUUCUUUUGUAGCUAGGUCACUAAAGUCACAAAAUUUAUGUUUCUGGUUAAUAGAACUAAUCACUUUUUGAGAUUUUUGAACUAUAAUUGCAAACUAUAAAUGUGUCUUGCUAAGGUUUAAACACGAUAAUUCCAAAAGCACCCUUAAAGUUUUCACAUUCGUCACGUCAUUCAGACGUCUCUCUACAGGAAGAUAUACACCCUUCUGAGUCUUCUAUUUUUCCAAGCUAACACCAAGAAAGUCUUAAUUGAAAAUGGAUCAAGUUCUGAACGUUUUAUAUU